AUGAAUUUAUCUUGGAGUUGUUGCCUGGGUUUUAACAAAAAGAAGGAUGGAGAAUCAAGAAUCACGCCAAAGACUGAUACCGUUUCAAAUCGAAAUUGAGUUGAUUUGGAUAAUAAUGAGAGAAACAAAGAAAAGAUUGCAAAACUAAGGAGAAGUAUAAGAGAAAGCCUUGAAAAGCAGUUAAAUGAGCAAAUCCCAAGAAGGCCUUCAAAAGAUUUAAAUAAAAGCAAAGAAAUAUUUCCACUUUAUACGGAAAUGGAUGGGAAAUAUGUAGAUGACGGAAAGAAAAUUGAAAUUUUAUUUUUACAAUAA